UGUGUCAAUACGCCUGCGCCGGGUAACCAGGAAGAAGAGAACAAGAGCUGACGAUGCCUCAGCUAUUCGCUGGGAAGAAGAAGAAGAAGAAUACGAAUAGGUUUGAUUGCAUCCAGUCCCCGUCCCAGCCAUGGUGUGCUGCCAGUCCUGCCCCCGACUGUGCUCCCGCUCGUCUGCCUACACUCUAGCCCUUGGCCUGGGCUUUGUAACCUUGGGGACCAGUCGCAUCCUGCUGCUCAAAUUCUCUGCCAAUGCUGAGAACAAGUAUGACUUCCUCCCAGCAUCUGUCAAUCUACUUGCUGAGGCCCUCAAACUGCUCUUCUGUCUGGUCAUGUCAGUCAGGGUCAUAGUCCGAGAGGGACGAUCCUGCAGAGAGCUGGGCUGUGGCUCCAGCUCUUCCUUCCUCAGCUCCCUGAAGUGGGCCGUCCCUGCUUUCCUCUACUUUCUUGAUAACCUCAUCAUCUUUUAUGUGAUGACCUACCUACAGCCUGCCAUGGCAGUGUUGUUCUCCAACUUUGUCAUCCUGACCACAGCUAUACUUUUUAGAAUUGUUUUGAAGAGGCGCCUGUCCUGGGUUCAGUGGGCAGCAUUAGUUAUCCUUUUCCUGUCCAUCGUUUCCUUGACGACAGGAUCAGGAGGCAGCCAAAACUCCAUUGCUGUGCCAGGUCUCCACUCAAACCCCCUCUCCACCCCCUCCAACUCCUGCCUACUCUACACACAGCUGCUGGAGCAGAUGAAGAACAGCAGUGCCAGUGGAUCAUGGGCAUCUUCACUGCCUGGACAGGCCUGGAGGGACAGGGUAGUAGGGAAACUUCAGUCUUUGGGUGUGGGUCACAUCCUGCUCCUUCUCCAGUGCUUCAUCUCUGCCAUGGCCAACAUCUACAAUGAGAAGAUCCUCAAAGAAGGAGACCAGCUCACUGAGAGCAUCUUCAUUCAGAACAGUAAAUUGUAUGCCUUUGGUGUGGUGUUUAAUGGUCUGACCCUUGGGCUCAGCAGUGAGGCGCGAGGCCUCACUAUGCAUUGUGGCCUCCUCCAUGGACAUAACCUCUACUCCCUGGGUCUGGUGCUGGUCACUGCUGCCCUGGGUUUAUCUGUGGCAUUCAUCUUGAAAUUCAGAGACAACAUGUUCCAUGUGCUGACAGGCCAGAUCACCACUGUUCUAGUUACCACCGUCUCUCUCUUCCUCUUCGACUUCCGCCCUUCGCUGGACUUCUUCCUCCAGGCUCCCAUGGUCCUGCUGGCCAUCUUUAUCUACAAUGCCAGCCGGCCCAAGGACCUGGAGUACACCCUGCAGCAGGAAAAACUGCGGGUCAUCAACGGAGAGGUGUUCGAGAGGUCCAGAGGGGAUGGUGAGGAGCUGGAGCUCCUGACAAAGCCCAACACAGACAGUGAAUCUGACGAGGAGUCUUUGUAGUGAUGACUUGUGAACUCGACCACAAGGCAGAGGAUAUUCCUCUUCAUUGCUGCUAAGAUUAAAUUGCACAGUGGACUUGUACUCUGGGAUGCAGCUUGGUCACAGAUUCUGUCAGAGCAUUUAUGUUGGUGAUGGUCAGCGGGUUAACCGAAAAUGAGAGUGUUGAUUGAUUUGUGUGAUGAAGUCUGUUGGACACUUAAUGAUAACCAAGGCUGUUGUAUAUAUGUUGUGCCUGUCUGUGUAUGACUGCUGUUAUUUGUAUAGUGAGAGGAACACCAGCAUUAUAAAUGUGCUGGAAAAUAAGUAUCCCUGCAUUUGCCAGGUGGGAUCAUCCAUAAUUCUACUGAUUCCUGUUGUGUGUGCAGCUAUUUGACUGUUUGCAGGUGAUUGAUAAGUUUAAUGACCAGCUGUCACAUUUCAGCCAGUUUUAGGAUUGUAACUAAGCUUUACACUUUUUUCAAUUGUUGGUGGCACUAUGUAAAAUAAGUGUUUAUCCAAUCCGGUCAUAUUUGAGACCAUAUGUAAACACUGGAAAACUUCAACAACACAAUCUUUGUACAAAUCCAUAAACUAUAGCUUCAAAAAUAACCAUGGGAUUCUAAAUAGAAUAGAAAUUUAAACACACAAGGAGGGGACUGUCACAGUAUUACUGUUUACAGGGGUAUAAAUUUCUAUAUUUCUUCUAUCAUAGACCACUUAAGUGUGAAUUUCUGAAAGCACAACAAACUGGCUCUUUUACUUGGCCUUGAACAUUGUUUUUUAUCUUAUGUCAGAUGUAUUGCAACUGUGAAAUACCAUGAAAAUGUACUACUUUUAAGAUUUUUGUUUGUGCCAUAAAAACUUAACGUAUGAAUGCAAUUUGUUCAAAAAUAAACCGGCAGUAAACUGA